GAUUGAUAAAUAUAUUGUUGUUUAAUGGUAUCUAGUUGUGUUAACGGUACUGUCAAUCAUUUAAUUCCGUUGAGAUUCAUCUCCUUUGAUUACGUUUUUGGAUUAGUUAGUGGCUUCCCUGUGAGCAGCCCUUUUCGCAUAGGUUUAAAGAAGGCUCAUUUCCUAAUAAACAUCCAUCGAUCUAUUAUUGUUCCUUUCGCCAUACUGUUUUUUUCUUUCAUCAAUAGCUCCAGAUUAUCAAUGACUGUAACUUUAAUGAAUUUUAAAAUUUUGAGUUGUUGCAAAAUUGGUUUAAUUUAUUCUUAGUGUAAUUUGUUUGUAUCACUAAAAUAUAUUGCCAUUUCCCAUGAGAUAUGCGGUUCUCUUUCAUGUCCUUGCUCUAUCGUGGAUUGAUCAUGUGAUUUAUCUGCUUUAAAAACUAAAUUGAAAAUUAUUCCCGCCAAAGGAGAUUUUGAACACGCUAGGUGAGUAUGUUAAUUUUUUGUUCUGUGCUGAGCCAGUAAUCUUAGAAUAAGUAAAAGUGAGAUGCAUUACAUGUUGGAAAAAGUGCAAACAAAAAGGUUUGAUUAUGCUGAUAAUGACCAUGCAAGAAUUUAACUCCAGAUAAAUUGAACUUAAGGCAGGCUUUCUUCAAUUGUUGCGGGGCUGGAUUGAUCUUGAUUUGUUCUUAGAUUAUUAUUAGCGUGUAAGCAGUGGUAUUGCUAGCUAUUGCCUUCCAGGCAGGUGCAGGUGUUUACGCCUCGUUUGCCUACAAAGAUAGUGUCUAUAAAUUUCUCUAAAGUUUGGUGGUGUAAAUUGUCAUUUAUCUUUAAGAAAAUGGAUACAGAAAAGACACACAAAGGAGUUGUGGAGGAAAUGGAUGUAUGAUCUCAUGUUUUAUUAUAUCCUUAGUCUUGACUAUGAACAUUUUUGUUUUUUUAAUUAUUCCACGGAGAGGCAUGUUUCCCUUAGCAAUGCUAGUGUGAAUCUCACAACUUCUUAACUUUGCUUAAAUUCACUUUUUCCACCCCAUUGCUUGGACACUUAACUUUGUUGCAAUCAAUUGAUAGUAUAUCAAAAUUGAUUAUUCUAAAUUGAUAUUUGGGUUUGAAUUUUGUUUAAGACGGAUUAGAAUUGCACAUUUUAAUAUCUUCAUUUAGCGUAAUAUAGAACCUACCAUACCAGCAACAGAUUGGCACAGUCAAGCGCCAUUUUACUUGAUUUUAUUUCACUUUUCUCAAUUGCCUAGCAUGAAUAAUAAUAAAACAGUGAUUUUAAGCAUCGUUUUCUGACUUUUUGAUAAUUAGUCAGUUUGACAACAAUAAUUUGACCCAACCAACCGUUACUCUCUACAUCUCAGAAAUAAUUAUUUACUUUUAAAAUAUUUUUUAUAGUCUUUGGGUAUAAAUUUUCCCUUACCUUCCAGGAGGUUGAAAACGAAGAAAGAGAUGGUAUGAUCGCAAUUCUGUGUACUAUUUUGCAUGAAAAAAAAUCAAAUUGUUCAUUUUGUUAAUAUCCUUCUUAGUCAGGCUAGAAUGUACGUCAGUCGUAACUGAGUACUGCUUGAGUUAAUUUUAGGCUGGACUUUACUUUGUUUGCAAUUUCACUUCUUAUCACCAUAUUCUUUGAACAUUACGCUCUGUUGCACUCAAUGAAUAUUGCAUCAAAUUUGGUCAUUCUAAAUUGAUCUUAGGGUUUAAGUUGUCUUCAAGACGAUUUUGAAUAGUAGAUUUCAAUAUCUUCAGUGCUACUAUACUAGCAAAUUAAAAGAUUUUAAUUUUUUCAUUUAACAGUUUUGAUAUUUAGUCAGUUUGACAACAAUAAUUUUACCCUAUCAACCGUUACUCUCUACCUCUCAGAAAUAAUUAUAUAUUUUCAAAAUACUUUUUAUAGUCUUUUGGUAUAAAUUUUCCCUUACCUUCCAGGAGGUAGAAAACGGAGAAUCCUUGGCGGGGGAAGAGAAGGAAUGAACGCAUUCCUUUUUAUUAUUUCACAUUAAAAAGAAAACAAAUGUUGAAGAGAACUGUGGCGGCAGGGGAAAAAGGAGGAGGUGGAAAAAAAAGUAAAAAGAAAAGAGAGCAGCAGGUGGAAGUUGUCGUCGGGGGAAGGAAGAAGAUGCUGCUAUGCCAAGGAAAAUUGGGCGCAAUGAAGCGCCUGAUUUGCCAAUCAUUCCAUUUAUCAAGGAAAACCCCAUUCAUAAUGUUGAAUUGGGAAAGAAAGCGCCUCAAUGAAAAAAGACCAGGGAUGAGGAUAAUAAUAACAAUUUUAAAGAAAAGAGAGAAGAGACAA